AUGAUACUGACGCUGUCUCAAGAAAAGUUUCUGUAUAAUGCCGAAAACAAAAGUCGCUUAAUCACCAUGCUAAUGGCAAAGUGUGAAGAACCUGGAAUUGCCUGCAGACAAGCAAACGAGGAUGCGGAUUCACUGUUUGUUCGGACGGCCGAAUCCUUGGUCCCAACUCAUCAAACUGUUGCGAUUGUGGGGGAAGAUGUAGAUCUGAUGGUGAUAAUGAUGGGUCUCAACACUUCUCCAAACGUCUAUCUGCUGAAUCCAGGGAAAGGGAAAGCGCCUCAGUUGCUGUACCAACCACAGUCUGCACAGUGA